AUGUCUCUAUACCCUUUACAAAGAUUUGAGUCAAAUGACACACUUUUCAGUUGCAACUUGAAUUCCAAGACUGAGCUGCUUAACGAGAGCCGCAAUCAUGACAAUAAACACUUCACACUUCAGCUCAUACCAAAUGCUAACGCUAAUUCCAAGGAAAUCGACAAUAAUAAUAUAGAAAUUAUAAACGAUCUAACAGGCAAUACCAUCAUAGACGGUUCGACGGUCACAACGACAGCAUCUAAUCAGCUAGAAAGAAGGCUUUCGAUAUCAGAUUAUCGUACAGAGAACGGUAAUUAUUACGAGUACGAGUUUUUUGGUAAGUCGGAAUUUAACGAGCCAUUAUUUAAUAACAACGUCGUGGAAGAUGACGAAGAUGACAUCAACGGGAAUAACAACGACAGUGAUAUUUUGAUGAUCAGCGAUGAUGAUUUAGAACUGAAUGAGAGAUUUUCUUUCCAUAAACAACAAUCUCUCGACGUAUUAAACCGGAUUCCUAGUACCAAUACCUUAAAAAAUCUGGAAAUUCAUGAGUUUAUAAUAGAUCCUAUCGAUAAUAAUGAUGGUGAUCUUGAUGAUUCUUUCACUACUGCUCCGCAAUCGAAAAAGAAAGUUUUGAACUAUUUCAAGCUAAACAUAUUUGGUAGCAAUAGUAACGCUAAUAGUGGCAUUGGUUCAGAAGUUACUUCGAACGAAGUUUCUUCUUCACAAAAAAUGUUCAAGAAUAGGUUCUUCAGAAGCAGGAAAAGUACUCUUAUUAAGUCGCAUUCUCUUGAGCAAGAAAACGAAGUAUUAAUAAACUCUGCUUUUGAUGCCUCUUCGAAUGAUAGUAACGACGAAAGUGAUCAUGCCAUUAUUAAUCCAUUGAAAUUGGUUGGUAAUAAUAAAGAUGUCUCUCUCCAAAAUAUCAGUAAAACGACGAAUCCGUUUAAGCCAAAUAGUGAUUUUGAAAUGACUGAACCAAGUUCAAACUCAAGCGAUGAGUCGAAAAAGGAUUUAUUAUCCAUCGUAUCAAGCUCUUCGUCUCCUUCUUCUCCUUCAGCACCAUCACCUUCAAUAUCAUCUUCUUUCUCUUCUCACGGUCUAAUAGCGAGGAAGAAGGCAGGCAAUACGCAGAAAACACGCGGAAGGAAGCCCUCUUUAAUUCCAGACGCUUCCAAGCAAUUUGGUUGUGAAUUUUGUGAUAGAAGAUUCAAAAGGCAAGAACACUUAAAAAGGCAUGUGAGAUCCUUGCACAUGUGCGAGAAACCUUUUACUUGUCACAUCUGUAAUAAGAACUUUAGCAGAAGUGAUAAUUUGAACCAACACGUUAAAACUCACGUCUCUUUAUAG